UGAACAUUGUAGUUUCAAUUUUCGUUGUAGAUUCCUUAUUUAUAACAGUAUUUUAACCACUUAUCUUUCAAAUCUCAUUUGUGUUUACUUAAAAAGUUAUUUCACAUAUUAUAUGCUUCCAUCUACAGUGAAUUUGCGGCGUUUCACGAAUGUCGUCUUCUUUUCGAACCAAGCAUGAUUCGAAUGAAAUCACUGUGUAACUCUUUCGCUUUUUUGAACAGAAAUAUGGCAGUUUAGGAGCAAAUGAUACACUGAUCUAUUUCGACGUUAAUGUUAUUAAUGCUGUUGGACGACAUUAAGUGUAAUGACUAUGUUACGACGAAACAGAUUGAAGAACAGAGCGGUCGUUGUUGGUCUUAUUGUAUUGGCUACUGUAGUUUAUAACGAGUUUCUAGUCUAUGAUAUACAAAAGUUUAAGUGGUCUAUGCGAGAGUGUUCAGAAUGCGUAAAAGUACUACUUGUUGCCGAUCCCCAGAUACUGGGUGAUAAAUCAGAAAAUUAUUUUGGUGCUUCUGUAGCACAAUGGGAUAGUGAUAGGUACUUGAAAAAAACAUUUUCAAGAGCCUUGGAUCAUUCUCAGCCACAUGUUGUUGCAUUUCUGGGUGAUCUCAUGGAUGAAGGUCAUAUUGCCAGUGCAGAAAAAUUUAAAGAGUAUAAGAAAAGAUUAGAUUCUAUAUUUGACACACCAGAUCAUAUAAUGAAAAUUUAUCUGCCUGGUGAUAAUGAUAUUGGAGGAGAAGAAGAUUCAGUAUCAUUUAAUAUUAAUAACAGAUUCAGUUUUGCAUAUACUCAGCCUGACACUUUAGUCUAUAAGUCAGUGACAUUUUUCAAGGUAAAUAGAUUAACUCAUACGAUGCCAGAAGCUCCGAAAGAUGCCUUUCUUAAUGAUUAUGCAGAAAGAAAUACAACAAAUGUAGUACUCAGCCAUAUGCCUUUACUAUUCAUGCCUGGUACUUUUGUGCAAAAUGUAUUGAAAGAAUUAUCCCCUCAAGUUAUUUUUACUGCGCACGAACAUAAAGCAAUGCAUAUCAGUUUAGACACAGCAACAGAUCAAUUGAGUGAAAUUUGGAUUUUACCUCCUUAUGAAACACCUUUGUAUCAAUUACGAAUGGAUGUAGGGGACAUUCAUGAAGUGGAAAUACCAACCUGUUCAUACAGAAUGGGCACACCUCAUACAGGAUAUGGCUUAGCUUAUAUUGAUACUCAAGAGAAAACGGUAGAAUUCACUAUUUUAUGGUUACCAGGGAGAUUUCCACAAUUAUGGAUUUACAUUUAUGUUGGAGCGUUCAUUUUAGUGUUCAGCAUUUUUAUUUGUAUAUCUAUUUACUGUUUAAAAAAUCAUGCAGGUUAUACUCGUAUGUCUUCAAUUUAAUGCAAUACGUACUUAUAGCAUAUAAUUCAAAUCUUUAAUAUCAAUGAUAACUUGACAUUAGAACUGAGGUACAAAGAUCCGUCCAAUAAGUGUGAUUCUGCUACCAUCUAUGUCAAGUUUCAAAAUGAGUAUCGAGAAAUUAAUAUCAAACGUGGCUAGGUUCUUAGAAAAUGUUCCUAAAUUACAUAUACAAACGUUAACGGUCAUUUUUAAUUUUCAAAGAUUCAUUUUAUUCGUAUGCGAAUUUUAAAUCUCAUUAGGGAUUAGUUUAUAAAAAAAGAAACGAUGCCAAACUUAUUUAUCAUUAGUGUGUGCAAAAUAUAUAGCAUGAAACGUAUAAAGAUGAGAUAGAAUCCUUAUAAGGUCAUCUUUUUUAUUUAUCAUGUUUUUUAAAGUGGUAUGUGCAGUACUUAUGAAAUGAACAAGAAGAGGAAACGAUUGUUUCCUUUCAUAAAAAGUAAAUUGAAAGAGAUUAUCACCAUAAAUUAAUGUACAAUAACAAAUUGUUGAACAAGACUUCAUUUUAGAAGAGAUAAUUUAUAUUUGCGUGUAAAACUGUAUAUAUCUGUUUGUCUGAAAUAAAUAUAAAACGUUGAAAUUUGA